GUCACACAAGCCCUGUCUCUAUCCGCUCGUGAGCAUCCGCUGCUAGCUACUGCUCUCCUGAGCGCUCCGCUUUUCCUGCUGCUCCUCUUCUCUGCGCUCGCUUCGAACGCGCAUCCGUCGCAUCACCGUCCGGCAAUGGGUCUUGGUUCCAAGCUCAAAGGCCUGGGCGACCGCGUGCAGGCCGAGCUCGGCGUCGGCGCCAGCAGCGGCGGCGUGCCACAUGGAGGUUAUCAGCAGCAAGCGUGGCAGCCGCCGCCGCAGCAGCAGGGAGCGGCAUGGCAAUCGCCACAGCAGCAGGUGCAGCAGGCAUUCGCGCCGUACAACCCCAUCCGCCACGGCAAGGUUCACGGCGGCUACUUCACGAGCUGGAGCAUCUAUCCGCCACGCAACUUCACACCAGCAGAGCUGCCCUACGCGGACCUCACGCACAUCUUCUACGCCUUCGCGGACGUGAACCCGACCAACGGCACUGUCUUCCUGGUCGACCCAUGGGCCGACGAGCAGACGCCCUUUGACUCGCCGGCGCCCGAGGACGAGCUGCGCGGCAACUUCGGCCGGCUGCUGCGGGCCAAGCGCGAGCACCGCACCACCAAGGUCAGCAUCAGCGUCGGCGGCUGGACCUUCAAGGACCACUUUGCGCCUGUGGCCUGCGAUGCGAAGAAACGUGCCGAGUUCGUGCGCAGCGCACUGACGCUGCUCGAGGACUACGGUCUCGACGGCAUCGACAUCGACUGGGAGUACCCCGAGAACGGAAAGGAGGCGAGCGACUUUGUGCUCCUGCUGCGCGAGAUGCGCGCCGGCCUCGACGCUCACGCAGCGUACAAGGGCGAGCCGCGCUACCUGCUCACGAUCGCCAGCCCGGCGGGCGAGAAGAAGCUCAAGCUGCUGCGGGUGCGCGAGAUGGACGAGGUGCUUGAUCUGUGGAACGUCAUGUCGUACGACUUUGCUGGCUCCUGGAACACGACGGCCAACCACCAGGUGAGCUGCCUGUCAGGCCGUGGCCACUCGUUGCUCAUCCAAAUGCAGGCGAACCUGCGUGGGCCAGCGCCAUCGUGCGAGGCGACGAUCUCGCUCUUCCAGAGCAUGGGCGUGUCGCCGAACAAGCUCGUGCUCGGCAUCCCGCUGUACGGGCGCUCCUUCACCAAGUGUGCGGGCGCCGGGUCGAGCUACGCCGGGCUCGGCAAGGGCACGGCCGAGGCCGGCGUGUACGACUACCGCGCGCUGCCGCUGCCCGGCGCCGUCGAGAUCAGCGACCCCAUCGGCGCCGCCUCGUGCCGCACGCCCGACGGCGAGUGGGUCACGUACGACAGCGUCGAGACGGCCGCCGACAAGGCGGGCUACGUCAACUGGGCCGGCCUGGCGGGCACGUUCUACUGGGACAUGAGCGGCGACGCCGUGGGCGCGCGCAGCAUUGUGCAGACGGUGCGGCGGGGCCUCGGCCAGCUCGAGAUGAGCCCCAACCACCUCUCCUUCCCGCAGAGCCGCUUUGCGAAUGUGCGCGAGGGGCGUCCGUGAUGGUGCUCUCGGCCGUGCUUCUUGCGCCCUCCUCCUUCUCGACCUUGCCACUUACGCUCGCCAAUUGCACGCACUUGCUCGCACGG